AAGAUACGGUGCCCGCACUCGGACUGUAAUUAUUACGAGGAACCAUUAAACACACACAAGUGUUAUUUUGUUGAAAACUAAUUACCGUUCUCUAGUGAAGAUGAGCUAUCCACCACACGGACCACCACCUCCUCCCUACUACGGACACUCAGGAUGGAAUCCACCACCACCGCCAUAUCCUCCUCGUCACACUUACCCGCCUACAGAUUAUGGCCAAGUUACACCGCAGCAUCCCCCGCCAAUGCCUUACUACGUUCCUGGAACAAUGAUGGUGCCCGUGCCCGUAAUGCCACCACCAGACGCGAAUCAACCAACGUACAUCACCAACUAUAUCUACCACGGAGAAACUUCCAGCACGCCGUCUGAACAAGUACAAAUAUCUGAAACGGCAGGCGAUUACGAUUGGGUUCCAACGACUUCGACGACAGCCAGCAGUCUUACUGGGAAAGCAGUGAUAGGAGGUCAAGAGGGUUGGGAUGGCAGUCCUCUGUGGGUGAUUCGGGCUUGGCACAAUGGGGAAUUGAUUCCUGGAAAAUUGUCCGUGAGACACAAUGCAGCGUCUGUCAUGUUUAACGGUAAAGAGAUUCCAGUUCAGAACAUAGAAGUUCUAUGCGCUAAGCCUGAUUACCUUAGAUGGGUGCCGGCCUCUAAUGGAGCUGUACCUCCUGGAGCGAUCGCUGGAGGAAGAACGACGUCUGGAGAAACCCUAUACGUCGGAAGAGCGAGACACCAACUAUCAUUAACGCCUGGCAAAGUUCAUCCGACUCAUAAUACUUGUUACAUAGGAUUCGGGGGGGCGGAAAUCGCUUACAAAAUGUACGACGUGCUCUGCAGGAUAAGUUAGAUUGGAUAAAGACUGAUUAUUAUAUUGUGAC